CUUUCUCGUGCUUUAUCCCAAGCCAUAAAUGAAACAUCAUACCCUCCGCGAUCCAUUUUAAUUGUGAACAAGCUUCGAACUGAGCCUGUGAUUGGGGCAAUUGAUGAGCUACUGGAGUGCGCAAUAGUCUUCCUGUGUCAUUUCAGCCGAUUAACAGGUGGUGCCUAACAUACCACAGUCAUGUAGCGAAGACGUAUCCGGGUGUGAAAGUGUUCUCUGAAGACCGCCCAGACAUUCCAUUCGGCACACAAGUGUGGCGUCCCGGUGAGUAGAUUGUACACGCCGAAAUAACCUGUUUGAAUGAAUUCAUCACAGGGCCUCAUGCCGAGAAAAUUGAUCUUGUCGUAACUCUUGGAGGUGACGGUACCAUUCUCCAUGCUGCAUCACUCUUCAGUCUUGGAGCGGUCCCUCCUGUGCUAAGUUUUUCAAUGGGCACCCUUGGCUUUCUCCUUCCAUUCCGUAUGUGCACACACCAAUGCCAGGACGCCACUAAAUAUGCGAUAGAUAUCGAUGACUUUGUGAAAGGGCUUGAAGCAGUGUUUCAGGGCAAGGCAACCAUCCUCAAUCGCAUGCGUUUGUCGUGCAUGUUCUAUGACAAGGAUCGCAAAAAAAUAGGGUUCGGUGAUGAUGAAUGGCAGGUUAUGAAUGAGAUUGCGCUACACCGUGGGUCAAGUCCACACCUUAAUACCAUCGAUAUUUAUGUAGACGGGCAACAUCUCACGGAGGCUGUUUCUGAUGGCGUGAUCGUGUCAACGCCUACGGGAUCAACUGCAUACUCUCUCUCAGCUGGAGGGCCUAUCGUACAUCCUUCCUUGAGUGCUGUAGUGCUCGUGCCAAUAUGUCCACGAAGUUUAUCGUUUAGACCUCUCGUCUUCCCCUCAUCCUCAUCUUUGACGCUGUGUAUCGGUGAUCGUUCCCGUGCUGCGGCUGGCGUUUCGAUGGACGGGCGUGUAUCGCAUGUUCUUAAUCCAGGAGAGUCCGUUACUAUACAGGCCUCACCAUACCCAGUGCCUUGCAUUAACCGCUCCUCCAUAUCCGAUUAUGGAGACGAACAACCAGGCGAAGAAGGCGUUGGGCCUGGAAAAGAGGAUGAUUGGGUCCGGGACAUCAAUAAUUUGUUGCAGUACAAUGCAACAUUUAGGAGCAAGGCGCUUCUUCGUUACAGUGGCAAACACUAGAUUCGAGGUAAGCGCCCGAAGAUGUCGUUCUUCCAUUACAUGGUCUAUUUGAUGUUGGCUACGAAGAAAAUUAAGCGCUUUGAUUGGCGCUUGAUCUUGUACGGCGCUUGGUCGAGCGCUUCCAGUACUUAGUCGUGUAGUCAUACGCUGUCCUUUGCAGUACGAUGCCAGCGGCAAACUAUCAAGUAUUUCAGAUCAUCAAA